UUCUGAUUCUGAGCGGAAAUGUGGAAGCAGCUGUGAAGCUGGAGUUGCAGGAGUUAUUGGAUAGGGAAGGAAUUAGUUUGAGAUAAUGUUGCAGUUGCAUUUUACUAAAGACCCUCUGCCUGACAGUGUGAGCAGUGAUUUUCAGACCUUGAAUAAAUUCAGUGAGCAGCAAUUUUUGAGCUUGACUGAUUUAUUGUACCAGUUUCUGUUGGAGCCUAAAGAGUCAGAGCGGUUUCUGGCCCAGCUGAGUGAAUUUGCAGGAGAGAAUGGCAUGGGCGCCGGUCCCCUUCGAGGCCUCAUGAAGAGCAUUCUGCUGCUUCCACAUGGUGCUAUGAAGAAGAACCUGUCAGCUGAGCAGGUAAAAGAGGACCUGAUCUCACUUGGGCUGACUGAAGAUAAGGCCAGUCACUUCUCUGAACAGUGGAGGAUUCACUACCCAGCGUUGUCCAGACUUGCAGUUGCACAGACACUGAUGGUCAACCAGCUGGUGGAUAUGGAAUGGAAAUUUGGCGUUACUGUAGGAACAAGCGAACUACAGAAGGCUGGAAACAUUUUCCUGCAGCUUAAGCUGGUGCUCAGGAAGGGCAACACAACAGAAAAUGUGUAUAUGGAACUGACUCUCCCCCAGUUUUAUAACUUCCUUCAUGAGAUGGAAAGAGCCAAAGCCAAUAUGGACUGCUUCAGCUGAGGACCAGUAUCCGUUCACACUUGAGUCCUCUAAUAUUGACUAAUACAGCGUUGCUUGAAUGAAUAUAUGUGUCUAUAUGUGAUUAGUGUAGUUUUUUUUUCUGUACACAGGAAACUUUCAGUGCAAUUUGAUCUGUUUGAGUCACUAAUUUUUUGUUUUUUAUACAAUUAAACCUACUUACUUAAUAAAACAACUUAUUCAGUACAUGACCAGUUUUUCCAGUAUGUGACUGAAGCUCGCAGAAAUAAAAGUUUAAAUCUAACAG